AUGGCUAUGCUUAUGGCCCCCCCCCAGCUUCCAGCCUUUUCGCUCCGAGUACAGCUCUUUGCAACUAAUGCGUACAGUGGGAGUGACAAGCCAAUUCGAUGCUUCCGUGUUGUUACCCCUCCAGAUGUUAGCAUACGGGAGUUCUGCGAGGAGGUCUCAAGAUAUCAUGAGAUAAAUUAUGGCCAUCCUAUCGCGAUCAAGAAGUGCCAGGAUGAAGAGCAAUUUGAUGUCACCCAGAGCGAGAUCUUGGGGAAUUUGUUCGGAAAUACAGCUACUAUACGAAUCGUCCAGGCUUCCAUCCUGCCAGGCAUCCGCGACUCGGUUCCUCCUACAUCCGCUCUAAGAUACGAUCCCUCAAAUGCUAUAAGUCGCAAGAGACAGAGAGAAGACAGUGCUGUCCCAAACAGCUCUGCGCGAUCUAGCUCUAGGAAGCCGAACAAAAGACAACGGUUGGGAACUAUUGAUCCGGACCGACCUCUACCCUCUCGCGAAAGUGAUCACGAUAACGAUGACGCCCUUCCAAAACAUCCAGACAUACCAAACACCGUCGCUGUUCCAGAUUCCCAAAAGGCUGUUACUUCGGAGGCAGGUACGGCGCACUCCACCACUUCACGCCAUGUACCCGCCGAUCCACUACAAAUCCCCGAGACACCUUCGCCGUCGCCUGCUCCAGCCUCGGGUGAUUCCUCCAGUGGGGACCGACCUACUUCCAAGCAGGAUCCAAAGACCACGAUUCUAGAUAUAGACCCUGACAUGACUUCCAACAUGGAAACGACAGCACAGGCCCAGGUUUCCAAGUCCCCAAGAGCGAAAAGUACGAGCUAUCAUAUUCAGAGAACUACAGAGCGAGGAGCUUCCGUAUCUACAGCAGCCACCACCCCGCUUGCUGGUGAAGAUAAAAUAACUAGAAGCAAUGGUGCGGGGUCUGAUAAAAAUCAGAAAUCGUUAGACCUUGAGCCCAAAAAUGGCCGCCGGAAUGAACGGCGAGGCCGCCGAUCAGAGAACGAGGAUAGCCUUUACGAUGAUGUUCCGUCUGACAGCGAAACAGCCGCUAUUAUGGCCUUGAAAAGGGCCUCCUUGAGGAGUAGAAAGGGCCGUGCAUCUGGUUUGCCUGGAUUGGAUUUUGCCAACGGCAAACUCAAGACACCGCCAAAUAGAAAUCUGCGGAGCUCCGGCUCUGGGUCUCGCGAGCGGCCGCUCGAAAGUCCUGGGGAGUUGCAGCUGACGCCAAAUAGCAAGCAGCGUGAAGAAAAGGUUCGUGAAGCGAGCCGACGGCAAAAGCAAGAGGCAGAGGAGGCCAGGAAAGCUAGGCUUGCAGCAGCCCAGCGAAGACAAGAAGAGGCGCAGAUUUCUGAAGCGAAAUCAAGAAGGGGAGAAGAGGAAAGGAUAAAGGCCGAAGAAUCUACCCAGCGAGAGGCUCAGCAAAAAGAGCGCGAAGAGAAGGAGAGACUGGCUGAGGAAGAACGACUUAGAAAAGAAAAGUUAAAAGCAGAGGAGGAACAACGGAAAGAGGAGAGGAUUGCAGAAGAAAGAGCGGAAGCAGAACGCCUGGAGCGAGAACAUGCCCAGGCAAAAGAAGCUGAACGAGUACGGAAGGUCGAAGAAGCUAGGAUCCGCCGGGAGAAAAUGGCCGCCGCGAAUGAAGCAAAAAAGGCCAAGGUAGCUUCCUCACCUCAGGAAGCCCCAGCUCAUUCUUCAGCUACCAAAGGCAAGCCAACAUCUGCUUCUAGAUCUCGGUCAUCUACGCCAUUUAUACCACCUGGAAGAAAGUCCGCCUUGAAAACGCCCCUUUUCUCUUCCCAAGCCGUGGCUAGCUCUCCCUUAGUUCAAUCGAGAUCACCCGACGCUCCCGUGAUGGGGGUUGGGAUCGAGGAUGUAAUGCCUUUGCCCAAAGACAAGAACCGGCGAAUAUCAUUUGCCGAUGGGACAAAACAAGAGACACCAAUAAAGCCCUCUCCUAGGAUUCUUCCUCCUAAAAUUAGUGCCCUCAGACCAUCUACCCCAACACCGAAAACGACGACUCCCAGGAUGCCUCAAAGAUCAACCCCAAUACCAACCUCAGCACCGAAAACACCAACUCCCAAGGUGCUUCCUCCGCGAUCAAGCACAGCCUCUACACCGGCAACGUUGACUCCUAAACCCCCUUCUCAAGCCCAUAGAAUAUUCCCUCCGCAGUGGAAUGCGCCCAUUCUACCUCCAGGAAGGAGCAGAUUGAGCAAGGAACGAAGCGCUACUCCCGCUUCAGCCCAGAAGGCACCCGCACCUCAAGAUAGCGUUGGGCGAGGACCUCCGGCCAUGCGCCCUCCACCAGCUAGGAGAAGUCAAACUCCAAUUCCUCCUCAAGAGAAGAUAACUCCAACUCCAACUCCAAAGGAAACGCGCGAACAAGAUUCCGUUGCAGAUACGUCAUCUGAGACUAGCUCUGAGGAAGAAAUUCCUAGUCGAGGCAGCCCAGCUAAAGAAUCCAAAUCAAUGAUACCUCCACCAGGACGAGCUUCAGCUGUAGAAAUAUCGUCCGAUGAUUCUGAAGAAGACGUUCCGGCAAAAGUCAGCCCUGCUAAAGCAGCAGCAACUGUACUUCGUACCCAUAGUAAAUCCCCAGCUACGCCUGAUCCCGCAUCAGAAGAUGAACAGGAUGACGAUGAGGAAAUGGCCAGUAAUCCAUCUUCUGCUCGUGAAAGCCGAUCACCUGUUGUCUUCAGUCAACACCCCCGGCACUUUGAUCGAACUAAACCCCAACGUUCAACAUCACAAGAAUCAGACAGAGAUUCGGAGUCCGAGGAUAAAACCAGUGACUCCGCCGAAGAAAGUGAUGUCGCGCACGAGGAUGUUGAGGACGAAUCCGAAGAAGAUGUCGAGAUGGCCGAAGUAAGCGAAGGGGCUUCAGAAGAAGAAGACGGGGCCUCGGAAUUGAAUGAUGACUCCGGCGAAAACGAGGAGACGGCCGAAGUCAGUCAAGGGACAUCCGACGAGGAGUCUGAAGUGGCCGAGGGAGCGAGCUCUACAGUUCCAAAAUCCAGUCCUCCUGUUUUACCUGUUCAAAGGCAUUCGGUAGUACCGGGACCAAAAAUUUCAAAUCAUCCUAAAAGUAAGGACCAUAUCGCCGAUGAGCGUUCAGAUACUCAAGAGGAGAUAGAUCAACAACUGACGUCUUCUAUGUACGAAGCUCGGCCACGCGGUUUAUCAAGUUCUCCGCCGAACGCACCAUCCUCAACGGCAUCGAGACCUACUAUAAAGUUUGGCGCCAGUCUCCAGUCACUAAACUCGAAGAAGCCUAUUUUCGGUUCCUCGACGACAAAUAGCGGUGUCAAAAGUUCUCAGUCAUUACAAAAGACCCUUGCACACGCGUCCGAUUCGGAAGAAGAAUCGGAAGAAGAGAGUGAUGAAGACUCGUCUUCGUCGGAAGAAGAGGACAAUCCACAAACAAAAUAUGUCGCACCCGCUUCCACGCCAGCCUCGAAGAGCGGAAGACCUGCCCACACAUCUGAUUCCGAUGAUUCGGAUUCUAACGAUUCAAGCGAUUCGGAUUCUGGCAGUUCAGAUGAGACGACAAGAAUGCGAAAUCAGCUCGCAGCUCAGAUUGCCGGUAUCGAUGGAAGUAUUAAAGGGAGCCAAUAUAGUAUUGCCAGUCCAAAGGUGAUGAGGAAUUCAACUGCCCGUGGGACAGGGACACCGAAUACGGGAGGUAAAACGCAGGUGAAGAAGAAAGAUAAAUAUGUUAGUGGCUAUGUUUUCUCGCAGCCUAUUUAA